GCAGGAGGGAGCUGGGGUGGGAUCUGGUGGACUGGCGAGUCUUGUGAGGUGCAUGCAGAUUCUCUCAGUACCUGUUUGCCUGCCCCUUCCCCACAGGGUUUGAGUCAACUGCCUAGCCAGGAUGAGCUGGAGUUUCCUGACACGGCUCCUGGAGGAGAUCAACAACCACUCAACCUUUGUAGGCAAGAUCUGGCUGACUGUCCUCAUUGUCUUCCGCAUCGUGCUGACAGCCGUGGGGGGUGAAUCCAUCUACUACGACGAGCAGAGCAAGUUUGUCUGCAACACACAGCAGCCGGGCUGUGAGAACGUCUGCUACGACGCUUUUGCCCCCCUCUCCCACGUCCGCUUCUGGAUCUUCCAGAUCAUCAUGGUGGCCAUGCCAUCAGUGCUCUACCUGGGCUUUGCCAUGCACCGCAUCGCUCGCAUGCCUGAGUCCUCACGGCGCCGGACACCAGCAGCCCGGCGGGCUCGCAUGCCGGUGGUGCGCCGGGGAGCCGGGCGGGACUACGAGGAGGCAGAAGAUGAUAACGAAGAAGACCCCAUGAUCUUUGAGGAGAUCGAGGUGGAGAAGGAGAAGAGUCCAGAGGGCGGAGAGAAGCAUGAUGGCCGGCGCCGCAUCAAGCAGGAUGGGCUGAUGCGUGCCUAUGUCCUGCACUUGCUGUGCCGCUCACUGCUAGAAAUGGUUUUCCUCUUUGGGCAGUACCUGCUGUACCGCUUUGAGGUGAGCCCCUCCUACGUCUGCAGCCGCAGCCCCUGCCCGCACACCGUCGACUGCUUCGUCUCCCGCCCCACCGAGAAGACCAUCUUCCUCCUCAUCAUGUAUGCUGUCAGUGGGCUCUGCCUCUUCCUCAACCUCUGUGAGCUCUUGCACCUUGGUGUGGGGCGCAUCCGUGAUGCCCUGAGCCAGUCUGGUGGCCCCUCGCUCCCAACUGGCAACAGUCCUGCACCUCAGUACCCCAAGAAAACCCCCAGUGCACCCCCCACCUACCACUCGCUGAAGAAGGAGCUGCCACAAGCCCCACUGACCAACGGCAAGCUGGACUACCAGGAGAGCCUGGCCCAGGGGCGCUUCUCUCUGGCUGGGGCUCCCCCAGCACAUGAGCUGGACCGGCUGCGUGAGCAUCUGCGCCUGGCCCAGGAGCACCUGGAGGUGGCCUUCCACCUCCAGCCCCCUCCCAGGCCCCCCAGCCCUGCCCGCAGCAGCAGUCCUGAGGCCAACGGCAUUGCUGCCGAGCAGAACCGCCUCAACCUCGCCCACGAGAAGGGGACCACUGCCUGCGACAGGACCACGGGGCUGUAAGUGCCACCAGGGAUGACGGCGGUGACUGCUGGAGCGGCUGCCGCCGCCACCAUGGGACAGGCGUCCUGCCAGGAGUGCAGGGUGGAGGAUGCCAUGUGCCUGCCCAGCAGGGCAGUCUGGGCAAGCCCUGUCCUGGUGGGCAGCAGAGGGGAUGGGGGCCAUGGGAUUCAUUCCUACUUAAUUUUCAAAAAGGGAAUAUCUUAUUUUUGUACAUUUUUAUAAACUCAUCAGCGUGUGCACCCUGGCAUUUUUAUACUCCAUCCUGAUAUCCCUUCUGGACCUGUGCUCCCCCAUCGCCCAUUUCAUCCUUUUUUCCUCCUCCCACACCCAUUUUCUGCAGCAUGUUCUCCUCACACCUCCCUGUGCCCCCUGUGCUAGCUGCCACCCGCUGCAGCACAGUCCAGUGCUGUGCAUGUGUGGGUGAUGCUGGUGAUUUUGGUACUGCCCCCAAGGUGUGGGACUUUAGGGGAGCAGGCUGGGGGUCUUCUGACUGGCUGGGCUGAGCUGUGGGACAGAGAGCUGGGCUGGCAUUACACUUGAAGUGGAGGGGAUGGAAGGGGUCCUGGCGGCACUGCUGCUGGAAAGGGCCAGUAUGGCCAUGCUGCACAGCAUCCUGGCACGGGGCUGUGAGCUGUGGGCUGGCCUGCUCAGAAAUGUCUGUGCAGAGGUCAGGGGCUGUCCUUCCUGCUGUCUCCGCCCUAUCCUGGCAGGUCGCCCUUGGACCAAAACUCAUCUCCUCCCACUCUGCCUGCGGGGCUGGGACCCCCCACACAGAGCCAGACCCUGGCCCCACAGUGUGGGGACACAGUGCCCCGAGCUGGGCUCGGCCAGGAGCCAGUGGAGCAUUUCUCAUCAUCUCAGCCUGGGUCACACGGGGACUUUUGUAGCGUUGUUUUUUACUCGGAAAUGAUUGUCACUCUGUUUUUCUUCCUUUUUUUUUUUUUUUUAAUAUCUAUAUUAGUAAAGGCUGAAGACGUUUUGUACUGAA